AUGUCAGACUCAGGCGCGACUGUUGCCUGGAUCGAACAGUCGCUUGUCAAGGCUGGCGAUUUCGUUCAGCAUAUCCCAGGACUCAAUCAGGGAGCUCAAGGAGGAGCAGGCCCCCACAGCGGCUUCGGCGCUGCAGGUUAUAAAGCUUGUCACUCGACUCAGCCCGCCAUGGCAAGGACGAAUAAUGUGGAAGAUGUGUGGGUCAACACACCCGGCGAGUAUAGUUUUCAAUCUUGUGUUCAAAGGAUAAGUGGAGCAAUAACGCCUAAUCUGCAUCAAGGCAACCAUCGUUGUCAUCGGAAAACGGCGCGCGAGGCAACGAAAGAGGACCCGACCACAGGCUCCUCGAAUGAGCUCCCCCCCUCCUGUGAUAGGCAUCUGGAGGCCCCGGUUCUCCAUUGCAACGGUUGUUUGAGACGACCACUCGUUACCAGCCUUGCUGAGACUCAGGAUAACUCAGCUAUUCACGUGUCUAAGAUGUGA